AUGGCAGAUCCUGGCCAGGACAUACCUGCUCCGACUCGUGUCCUCUUUGAUGCUGCACUAGUUGACAACGAUGUUUGUGAUAUGCCAUAUAUCGACCAUGCCGACUCAGAGCUUGCGAGACCCGAAAACGCAGCGAAUGCUGUGGAACAGGCUGUAAAACUCCAGAAGGAGUACUUUUCAAACUCCUUCUUGAAUGGCAUCCAGCCCCAUGACUGGAUGUCUAAUGAGCAAUCCGACUUCUCGAGCUCCAAGGCCGCCGCACUCCAAGCUGAAUGGCCAACUAUCCAAACUUUGUUGACAGCACCGGCUCCGCCUACGAGCCCUUCUAUCAAGCGACCGCAAACAAAAGGCGACACGCUCUUCAACCUCCGCACUUUCACCGAGCAGUUCAAGUUUCCCCUGAAACGUCUUCUGGAGUGGCCGGUUGGGACGGGGCUAAACCGAGUGAUUUUCCUCUUUAUGCACCCGCAGAAUGAAAAGGAAUUUGAACCUGUGAUCAGCGCUCUUCAUUCUCUUGACCUUGAAGUUUAUAGCCUUGCGAGGCCCGGAUCUUGGCGAUGGUUUUCCAAUCACUACAGAAGCGGUGUCAUCAUCAUCCAAGCGGAAUACGUCGGGCAAGUCGGUGCGAUACCCGACUUCCGGGAUUUUCUUAAGAGAAGCUUCAAUAUCUGGCAAUUCGGCGCAAGCCCUAUGAUCCGAUAUCAGGGUAUCCAUCGGCUGUUCAAGAAAGGCCAGUCAAUGUUGAUGACAGAUGAAAUGCUCACGGCGGACCCGGAACAGGCGCUUCUCAUGAUCAAUUCAAUCCACGACAAGCACAAGAGGGUGUGGAAAUAUAAACGUGCAGUCGAAGAGAAAGAGGAUGCGGAAAUAGCGGCUGCGUUGAAAGGAGCUGCACAGAAAGAAGCCGCGCAGAAAGAAACCCGGGCUGCAAGGAUAGAAGCCGCGCAGUAUUCCGUGCCGAAACUCGUUUUUCGAGCUGGUGUCAUUCCCUGGCUAAUCCAGCAUAGCCGCACCGCGACGAGAGACCCCUCGAACAUGAACGAGCUCAUCAAGCGCAUCCGAGAAUUGCAGAUUGAAUAUGACCCGGACCAUGAGAAGCAACCACCACACGAUAUCCACCAUCCUGAUUGUUGUUUUGUGGGAGUCCCUUUACCCCGGAGGAACAAUGGAGGGAAGCAGCGUCUAACCGAGCCAAGAACUGAACAGCAGGUGACUGAUACGGAUGAACUCGUUGCCUGGUUUGCUGGUUGGGCGAUAUUCCAAUCCAAGUCAAUCCGGCGUAACGUCGUCUUGCACCCGACGGCCAUUCCGCAGUGGAGCACGAAGUAUAAUCAUUUGAUUUUCAUUUCCACCAACACCGAAUUGAGGGAUUUUCUUUCGCUUAAGCCUCAAUGA